AUGCUCAGUUUUGUGGAGCCCCACCAAGAGACGCCCGUGCAGCAAAGUUACCUUGACGGGUUCCGCGUGGAAGCGUGCCCCCUCUUCAAACAACACCAAUGCCAACAACACAGACCGUACACCUGUUUCAACUGGCAUUUCGCCAAUCAGAGAAGAAGAAAACCGACGAGAAGACCUGACGGAUCGUUCAAUUAUUCCCCCGAUAUCUACUGCGACAAAUACGACGAGAACACCGGCAUUUGCGCCGAUGGUGAUGGAUGCCCCUACCUGCACCGUGUCAGCGGCGACGUCGAGCGAAAAUACCACCUACGCUACUACAAGACGGCCCAGUGCGUGCACCCAACAGAUGCCCGGGGCCAGUGCGUGAAAAAUGGGGCGCACUGCGCGUUUGCACAUUCCCAACAAGACCUCCGUCAACCCCAACACGACACCAGCGAAACGGCGUAUGCCGGCUGCCUCGGCGACACUGACGGCCGUGACCGUACUUCAUUCGUCAUCGAUGAUCCGUUGUGGCACCGCCAAGAACACGUGCUAUCCUGCUACAAAACCGAGCAGUGCCGAAAACCGGCCAGACUGUGCCGCCAGGGUUACGCGUGCCCCUUCUACCAUAACAGCAAGGAUAGACGGAGGCAACCGGCCGUGUUCAAGUAUCGCUCGACCCCGUGCCCGGCAGCGAAAACCGCCGACGAGUGGCUCGACCCGGAGCUGUGCGAGCAGGGCGACAAUUGUGGGUAUUGCCACACGAGAACCGAGCAGCAAUUCCACCCCGAAAUCUACAAGAGCACAAAGUGUAAUGAUAUGCUAGAGCACGGCUACUGCCCUCGAGCUGUCUUCUGCGCGUUUGCCCAUCACGACUCGGAGAUGCAUGUCCAGAGGACUCCGUACGCCUACACCAGCCAAAAUUCACCGAAAGAACACGGCAGUCCAGACUAUCGGCUUGGCUCCCCGGCCGCGCUGAAUGGCUCGACGAAUGGGUUGAACUUGAAUGGCGGAUAUCAGAACAUGGUGAAAUCUCGGGCCCAAGCGAUACCAAAUGGUCGUCCCUUCUCAUCGAGUCGUGACGACUUGAUGUCGAGCAGCUACCCGAAGGCGCCUGGAUUUGAGAGAGGACCACUUUCGCCCAACUGCCAAGCCGACCAGCGUAUCCGAACGUACUCGCUGAACAUUGGGACCCUGGAUAUGGCGAGAAGAGCCGCCAUGCUAUCCGGCCAGUGGGGAGCCACCCAGGGCGACACCGGCGGCCUGGCCAACGCCUCCAACCUGUGCAGAUCUGACUCCGGAUUCCAUGCGGUGUCGUCGACGAUGGAGGAGCUGAGCCUGGACUUGGCCCCCAUUGAUGAGCACCGGGACACCAACAAGUUCUCCGACAUCUUCAGCACGUCAUUGCCAUCCCCGAUGAACAUUGGCGGACCGGGGCGUGGCGGUCUGCAGAUGGACGGUGCUGGCCCUCAACCAUUUGUGGCUUCACCUUUUGGCCAAGACGGCACCCAAGCCCUCUUCCAACAACCACAGAAAAUGAUGCACUCUCCCGGGAGUCUACCGCCAUUCCAAGGAUUCCCCGGGCAACCGAAGCAUCCACAUGACAACCCUAUCCAAGACUACGGCAUGACAAACGGCCAGGGAAGAGUUGAAGAAAAGUUGGCUGAAGCCCAGAUCGCGGCUCAGACAUGGAAGAGCAACUGCGACUACUACAAGAUGAUGGCCGAGAAAGCGGCAUUCGAGAGGGAUCAACUGCUACAACAAAUCGAACGCAUGCAAAUACAAGGAGGCCCGGUUGGCCAGAACGUCGACUUCAGCUCACCGCCACCGCCCACCAACAGUUAUAACCUGUUUGGGAACCCAACCGACGACGUGUGGAAGCCGCUCCCAGUCCCCGAUUCACCACCCCAGAAUCAA